GUAAACUAAAUCUGUCAAAACGUCAUCCACCGUUCUCUUAACGCAUUUCAAUUUUCUGUUUCAAAAAACGCCCGAUUUUUUUUUUGAUGUGGUCUAAAGUUUUGUACAAAAUGCGCUGAAAUUGCUAAUCAUUAUUUGAUAGUAAAGUUACGAGUAUGUUUUUAUGACAAGUCUCGUCGUUCAGGAGACGAUAAUAUGUCGAAGGCUGUAAUUAUACCGGAGUGUAAUAAGGAUAUAGGGGGUAUGAAAGAGGAGUUAUCACUGUCUCCGACUGAGAAACGAGAUGGGGCAAUCGGUGGUUUGUUUAGGCUGCUGCGACUGGAUACAUUGAGUAAGAAGAGUGGCUCGCCCGAGAGUCCGACCUCCGUGGAACCGCCUACCACCUACUACGGAGUUUAUAUACCUAGUGAAAUUAAAAAGGGACCAGAUGAAGAAGCGCUACAUGUUUAUAAGAAUAAAUCGGAAGCUCUCGAGCUGGUGCGAAGGUACAAGUCUGCGAGGUUCAAGGCUUUCAGGAACCGACAGGAUGCUGUGUCCUUUGCGCUGCGGGGAGCUGAACCCACUGAUAAUACAGACGGAAAUGAUAGCUCGAUUAUGGGAGAGAAGCCGUAUCCAUUCAAGGCGCCUUCUCCUCAAGACAUGGUGGCGCUCAGGAAGGCGAUAGAAGCUGGUCUCGCUACCACCGUGAGAGACAGAGUGUGGGACAACCCGAGGUUUCUAGUCAGCAGUGGGAAUACACCCGCUAUUAUGCAGGAAGGGUCUCGUUACAACGCAUUGCAUAUAGCAGCUAAGGCGAGUAACGCGGAGAUCUGCAACCUAAUACUGACGACGGUCGGCAACCCCAUGUUUGUGCAGACGUUGUACGGCAUGGAUGCUGACCCCGAGUCUUGUAAGGAGUUUGCAAGUAUCCUCGUGGACCGCUACCUGAACACUCCGGACAAGGCUAUCAACGAGACCCCCCUGCACUUCGCGGCCAAGUUCGGCGCGGAACAGGUGGUGGACGUGCUCACUGCCUUCCCACAGUGCAACCGCACUGCUGUCAAUAAGUACGGGGAACAGCCUAAGGAUAUAAUCUGCAAACGGGCUUCAAACUGCGAGGCGGGCGUGGCGAGCCGCAUAGCGUGUAUGUUGCAGGAACGUUACUAUGUCCCCGUACUGCAUACUGAGGACGGCAGCGGCGUGCCCACUAUAGGGAAGGCCUUCACACCGGCCGUGCCACCCGAUAUAAACCGCGAUCCAUUAAGUCCUCGCUAUGAGAUCCGUGCCUACGCGGGUCCCAUGGAGGCUCGUGCCGCGGAACUGUUCCGUCGUCGCUGGAAGACGCCGCCGCGCGCCCCCGCGCCCUCCGCGCCCCCGCCCCGCCUACUACAAGAUCAUAGUCCCGCGCCCCCGCCCAGUCCCAGCGCCAAAUCACACACAUUUAGACUUAAGGAGAUUACUAAGGGAUUAGAAACUGUUGGCAGGAGUUUAGCGGAACAAAUGAAAGUGGGUUGGAAGGAAUACUGGCCGUUUUUGGACACGUUCACCGACCUUAGAACACCGGAAGGUCUGACGUUACUCGAGAAUUACCUCAAGAGUAAAUACGAUAGCGCUUGUUCAUUCGCCUAUACUGAUAGUUGUGCCCAAUCUCACGUGCCUGAAGACCUCUCGCUGUCCAGAAUCAGUCUCUCCAUAUCCCAACAAAGUCCUUCAAAGGAGUCCACGCUAAGCCCCAUGUCGGAGCUCUGCGUUGCCAUGAAAUCCUGUAAAAUAACCAAUGAAAGACCAGCGCAUUGGAGGAAAACUGAUCCUUUAAGACAGAGGUUAUGUAGACAACCUGGACCGAAGACCUUGAAUGGCGAUACUCCGGUAGUAAACCAUACAGUGAGCCAGUUGUUAUGUAUAGAGCGCACAUGCCAAGUUUUCGCUAAAAGAAUAGCGGACGCGCUAACAUUUUCUCUCAACGCCGAGCCUGAGACCGCCGGCGACGCACUCAAGUCCGAGUCCAAACACCUUCAACAUACAAUCUACACGUACAUGGACGACGAGCGAUUUCAAAAGAUAGACUUUGCCUUAAUACAUUCUAGACUAGCGCAGUUAGUUGUGUACAAACUAAAGCAACAAACGAGUGACUUAGACGACAUUAACCAUUUAUUGGAGUUUCUUGUGAGACUCCGAUGUCCGAAUGACGAUAUAUUUAGCUCAGACGACGAAAGGAAACCGAAUUAUAGAGGUCCCAGUAGAGUGAAAAUGACUCAUGUGAUAGACGGCCAUGUUAGAUGCUUAACUAGUUUUAUAUGUGAGGAGUUGACGGAAGCUGAAGGGCUGAAGGCUCCGGCAAUGUCGGAGAUUGAGUGUACAGAGUUGUGGCACAAAGCCUCGAAGUGCCGGUGUGACUGGAAGAUCGAAGUGUUCGAACGGAAUAGCAAGAAGAACGCGUCGUUUAGGAAGAAUAGAUCUAUACUGUCGACUAGUCCGAAGAGCGAGAGUUUUAUUAGAAGACUGACUUUUGAUCAAGAUAUUGGCGACGGCAAACUGCAACACAGCGAGAUGUCCCGCGUAGUGAGCGUGAACUCCCCGGCCGGCGACAGUGGCGCCCCCACCGCGCUCUACACGCUCGACACCAACAAGUGCCAGGUGCUACCCGCUGAGAUAUCGGACGAUGACUCAGUAGCGUCGUGCAAUUCUGAUGUCGAUGACGAGGACUUCCACACCGCGUCUGAACACUCGGAGAAGGAGGAUGAUGACAUGGAAGAGGCCAGCGACGCGGCCGUAGCGGAGCCUUUUAUUUAUGGCGAGGAGCCGUCGAAGAUGGACCGGCUGGUGUACGACGCGCUGCAGUCCACCUCUAUAUCCGCCGACCAGUACCCCAACGUGUACCGCUGGAGACACCACGUGGCGCUCUACCCGCCCGACCAGAGAGACAAAUGGUUGCCAGCCCCAUCAAUAGAGGACAGUAUGUGUGUGAGCAUGUCCCUGGGUACAGCGAGCCCGGGCUUCAUGAACAGCCCGGGGCUGGCGAGUAGCUCGGCAGUGACGAGUAGUCCGGCAACAAGGCCCGGCCGCAGCGCCGCGCGGUGCUCCACGCCGUGCAGGGAUCGAGACUCCGCUAGAGCGCCUCCACUACAGGUGUCGACCUGGCUCCGUGUGACGGGCCCCAACUCCCCUCGGUCCGCGCUGGCAGUCAGGAACGCGAACCACAACGUCAGCUUCGGCUUCUGAUCCACACUCCCCGCUACCAUACUCAUGGCAGUCAUGCUAAACUUGUGGCCUUUUAAAUUAUAUAUCAUCACUUUACAUCACUCGGUUAAAAGAAAAUUCUCAAUCGAAAUUGACAUACAAUUCAGCGUUACACACGCAUCAUUCCUAUAUCGGUUAUUGGGCAGCAAAAAUAUGUAAAUUGUUUAAUUGUAAUUAAAAAUAGUUAACAUUUCUUUAAGAUCUAACAAAACUUAGGUAUUAUUAACUCAUUUUUAGAUACGAAAACAUAAAAUGUGAAUCUACACGUAUUUAGUUAGUGACAUGCAUAAUUCUAGUGUCUCGAUAUUAAUGUUUCACUCCCCGAUUAAUAUAAAUUAGUUUAUUUAAUAAUUGAAUAUAAUUCGAUGGUGUUUGAAUGUUUAUUUCUAUGAUUAUUUUUAAUUGGAGAAUGUUUAUAUAUUUUGUUUAAUUUUCUCGUAGGUAAUGUGGAUUGGCGCAGUACUAUUAAGUUCAUAGUCCAUUUCAUUUCAUUUGUAAACUAAAUUUAAUGUGACUAACGCUCUUAUGUAAACAACCCUAUGUACUAAAGAAUGACAAGGUCCAUUGAACUAAGUAUUAAAAUAAAAAAAUGGAGUUCUAAACUUUGAUUGAAUUAAAGCAAAGGGUUGUUCUUUUUGUAUGUUUUACAUCACAUUCGUAGGUUAAGACAUAGCUAACAUGACUUAAUAUAGAGCUCGUUAAAGCUUAUAUGUUUACAAACAUCUUUAAUCGUCUGCUGUGCAGCGUUGUGCAUCAAUCAUAUUGAUGACAAACGAAACGCCAACGAUAAGUACUUAUAAUAUAGUUUCAGGUAAUAAUAUAAUACUCUUUGUUAUUGAUACAAGUAUAUAUACUUUCUAUUAUAAAUAGAAAGGUGUAUUGAAAUUAUAUUCAAUCAGUAAAGAGUUCCGCUAACGUUAUGUAACAAAUCUCAUGUACGUCGUUGUUUUAGACAAAUUAGUUGUUAGGGUUUACAAACGCAAUACGAACAGGAAUCGUUGAAAAUGAUUAGAAUUAUUGUUUGAGCGCGCAUUUGGCACAAAACCGUUGUGAUUCAUAUUAAGUAAUUAGUGAUUCGUUAAAAGCAAGUUUGUUUUGUAAACCACAGUAAGACAUUGUCCUAGUUGCAUUUGUUUUUAUAUAUUAUUGUGACAAUAAAGUUGUUUCACUGCGUUGAUUAGCAUUUAAUGUAGUAAGGUCACGACGUAGGAACUCUGCGGAUGCCAAAAGCUGUGAGUUGUUGAUAUUACGUCUACGAAUGUUUGUACUUUUAUAUUAUUCAAAGAUAUGAGAUAUUGGUAAACAAAAAUGUAUGUUUUAUAUGAUAUUAUAAUGUUUUAAUUCACAUAGACGAUAGAUAAAUAAAUUAUGACUGGUUCUUUUUA